UCGGACUUCACGUCCCUCUUUACCGUUUCAUCAAACAGUUGGGGGACAAAACAAUCCUCUUCUUCUUCCCCCAUUUACAUAGCUGCUGUGGAAACCCUAGAAUUAAUCCUGAUGGAAUUGAGCUUUGUUCCUCUUCUUCAAUUGGUUGUUGAAUCUGAUGCGUGAAUUGGUUCGAUCUAUUGCUUCGAGGUCGGUCGGAAUUUUCGAUUGGCGGAGUCUACAAUGGAAAAUCAAUUACAAUUGGCCUUGACCAGUCCUACGACGCCGUUCUCGAGCUUGUUCGACUCGCAGAAGGAAAUCCUCAAUAGCCAGAUUUAUCAGCUCCAAAACAUCGUUGUACAACAAUGUAACCUCACUGGCGUCAAUCCACUCUCUCAAGAGAUGGCUGCUGGAGCUCUUUCAAUAAAAAUUGGCAAAAGGCCAAGGGAUCUCCUAAACCCCAAGGCAAUCAAGUAUAUGCAAUCUAUUUUCUCUGUCAAAGAUGCAAUCAACAAGAAGGAAACGCGUGAAAUCAGUGCUCUUUUUGGUGUCACAGUCACACAGGUUCGGGACUUCUUUACAGCUCAGCGCACAAGAGUUAGAAAGUUCCUGAGGUUGUCUAGAGAGAAGCCUAUCAUAACCAAUUUAUCUAUUGAAGGGUCUUGUCCGAUUCCAUUGAGUUCUGAUCCUAGUUCACAAACAGAACCAGUUCCCCUAGACAGUGCGGUUCCAAUCUGUACAGAGGAGGGGCCAUCUUGUUCGACACAAGAUGAGGUCCUAACUGCCAUGGAGGAGAGGGAUAGACAUUUUGUUGAUAAUAUCCUUACUUUAAUGUGUAAGGAAGAAACCUUUUCUGGGAGGGUUAAGCUGAUGGACUGGAUCUUGGAAUUACAAAACCCCUCUGUGCUAUAUUGGUUUUUAACUAAAGGGGGUGUAAUGAUCUUAUCUGCAUGGUUGAGUGAAGCAGCUGGAGAAGAGCAAACCAGCAUUCUUCAUCUCAUCCUGAAGGUACUAUGCCAUCUUCCUUUACACAAAGCAUUUCCUGGACAUAUGUCUGCUAUACUGCAGAGUGUUAACAGUCUGCGAUUUUAUCGGACUCCAGAUAUCUCAAACAGGGCAAGAAUUUUGCUUGCAAGAUGGAGCAAGAUAUUUGCAAAGAGCCAGGCUAUGAAGAAACGUAAUGGGAUUAAAUCUGCUAGUGAUAUGCAUGAUGAGUUGUUAUUGCAGCAGAGCAUUAGCGAAGUUGUGGGCGAUGAAAUAUGGAACUCAAAAAUUGAGGAUGUUGAAGAAGCUCAUGCAAACCUCUGUGGGACUUCAGAGAAUUCAAGGAAGUUGGAUUCUCCACAUCCAGUUAAAUUGCUUAUGGCAUCUUCAGAUGACUCUAACAAGAGGCUUAAAGGAGCUUUGGUGACUAAAACUCGAGAGCGCAGAAAAGUUCAGCUAAUGGAACAACCAAGCCAAAGAACAACGGGAAGAAGCCUAGGAAGACCAGCACCUGCAACUCAAGGCCGCCCACUCUCAGCAGAUGAUAUCCAAAAAGCAAAAAUGCGUGCACAGUUUAUGCAGAGUAAAUAUGGGAAAACUAAUAAUGAUGAGAGUUCUCGGGUGAAGCCUCAAGCUCCAAAUGGAAUUACCUCUUCAUCAAAUGGUAUCUUGCUUGGAGCUCCAAAAUUGCAAGAUCGGCCUAAAGUUGAGGAAUGUGAAAAGCUCAAUAGUGUUGCCUCUAAUGGGCCCAAUCAGCUGGAAAAUCAUCUCAAGUUGAGUUUUGACGUAGAGGAACCUCCAUCGAAAAGGUGCAAGAAAAUGCAGAUUCCUUGGUGGAAACCACCAGAAAUGCAGCCCAGCGAUGCAUGGAAGGUUUGUGCUGGGGGUGAGAGUAAAGAAGUCGACGUUCAGAAUAAGAGAAUCCGUCGAGAGAGGGAAAUUAUUUACAGGACAGUCCAGGAAAUUCCAUUGAAUCCCAAGGAACCUUGGGACCGUGAAAUGGACCCUGAUGACACAUUAACCACAGAACUCCCGCUUGAGCAAUUACCAGAUGCAGAAGGUGCUGAAACAGGUGUUUUGCCGCAGGAGGACAGAGAAACUGAAGCUGCUGCAUUAGCCAGCACAUCAAAUGGCAUUGCAACUACAGCAGAACCUGAUGUAGAGUUGCUUGCUAUACUGCUAAAACAUCCAGAGCUGGUUUAUGCUUUGACUUCUGGCCAAGGUGGAAACUUGUCCAGUGAGCAAAUUGUAAAGCUGCUUGAUUCGAUCAAAGCCGAUGGGAGGAAUUCACUGAGCAUUCAAACAAAUUUAGCCAGAGACGCUGAGAAGAAAGUUGAAGUUUCUCUUCCAUCCCCCACUCCUUCCAGUGAUCCUGGAACGAGUGGAUUGUCGAUGCAGAACUUUGCUAAAAACCCUUUCUCGCAGAGAAGUUCAAUGGUGGUUCCAGAAGCAAAUGGUGUACAUCAACACGCCGCGUUGGUCCAUUCGCAGGAAAUGCUUCAAGCUAGCAGUUUGGUGCAUCAACAGGUCCCCCUUGCGCCACAGUUAGCCCAACAGUUGGCACUGCUUCAAGCAGCUGCAGGGUCUUAUGGAAAUGAUCAUCGACCAUCUCCACUAAAUCCUAGUAUAAACCAGACAGUCCUUGCAAAUCCUAUGCAUUCACAAUUAUCCGCCGCCUCAGAACCAGCAGUAAAUAGAAAUAAUUACACUCCCUUUGGAUUGACAGAAUACAAUCAACAGAGUGCCACUGCAGCAGCAACAGCAAGAAUCCAAGGUGAAACAUAUGGUAAUAUUCGAUCUUCGCAAAUUCCUAUAGCUAAUGUACAACAAAGAACUAUUAGCCUACAUGCACCUCAGAUGACACCACAAAGGCCACAACUACAAACACAGGCGCAACCUGGAUAUGCACCUGAACAUAUGUGGGGGACUAUACCGGGAUCUGCUUUAAAUCGGGGUUAUCAAGAAAAUGCCAUUCCUAACAAUUACAAUCAACAUGUUGCCGGACAUGUAGAACCAGGAUUACAACAGGCUGCAUGGAGAGGAAACAGCAACUAUUCCGAGGGAGCUGGGUUUGAAUCUUGGAGUCCUGAUAAUAGUCCUGUUAGGCGUCAGGAACAGGUUGCAAGAUGGAAUUACACACAACCUCAGAUGAAUAUGAGAGACAACUACAGACCUGAUUGGUCUGCAUCGCGUAAUCCUGAGCAUUAUUCUGGUUAUCGUGGUCCUGACGAUGGUGGUAAUAGGAGGUGGGGUGACAGGAGAAGAUAACCUUCAAACGGCUGGCCAUUUGAUUCUUUUGACGAGUGAUUCAUUAGUGUUUACAUUAGAGUAGAACGUUCUCAGAGGGGGUUGCAUUUUUGCAACGUGAAAUGGUUGUAAACUUGUAAUGUCAGCAUGUCACAUCACUUUAUUUUGUUUACCAAUUGGUACCUGUCAACAGAAAAAUAGAAAAUAGGAAUUCAGUUCA